GUAGAGCGCGGCGCGGCCGUGAGGGGCGCCCGGGACUGCGCUGGGCGGGCGGCGGCGGCGGAGGGAGGAGGGGAGAGAGGCGGGGCCGGGGCGGGUUGUUGUGAGGCGACUGCGCUACUGCCGGACCGGGGCGGUUAUGGCGGCUCCAUAUUAACACCCUCCUCCUCCGCCGCCGCCGUCUCCUCCUCCUCCUCCUCCUCUCCCUCCGCCCGCGCUCGUAAGCCAUCUCCCCCUUCACCCUGACGCCUACCUCUUCCCCACACCUUUCCCCCUCCCUUCUUCUACCAUGCCCGGCAUGAUGGAGAAAGGGCCCGAGUUACUGGGGAAGAACCGAUCGGCCAACGGCAGCGCCAAAAGCCCGGCGGGCGGCGGCAGCGGCGCCUCCUCCACCAACGGCGGGCUGCACUACUCGGAGCCCGAGAGCGGCUGCAGCAGCGACGACGAGCACGAUGUUGGGAUGAGAGUCGGAGCUGAAUACCAAGCUCGGAUCCCUGAAUUUGAUCCAGGUGCUACAAAGUACACAGAUAAAGACAAUGGAGGGAUGCUUGUAUGGUCUCCAUAUCACAGUAUCCCAGAUGCCAAAUUGGAUGAAUAUAUUGCAAUUGCAAAGGAAAAACAUGGCUACAAUGUUGAACAGGCACUUGGCAUGUUGUUUUGGCAUAAACAUAACAUUGAGAAGUCCCUUGCUGAUCUCCCUAAUUUCACUCCCUUUCCGGAUGAGUGGACAGUUGAAGAUAAAGUCCUAUUUGAACAAGCCUUUAGUUUUCAUGGGAAGAGCUUUCACAGGAUUCAACAAAUGCUUCCAGAUAAGACAAUUGCAAGCCUCGUAAAAUAUUACUAUUCUUGGAAAAAAACCCGUUCUAGAACAAGUUUGAUGGAUCGUCAAGCUCGUAAACUAGCCAAUAGACAUAAUCAGGGUGACAGUGAUGAUGAUGUGGAAGAAACACACCCAAUGGAUGGGAAUGAUAGUGAUUACGAUCCUAAAAAAGAAGCCAAAAAAGAGGGAAACACUGAACAACCUGUCCAAACUAGCAAGAUUGGACUUGGAAGGAGAGAAUAUCAGAGUUUACAACAUCGCCAUCAUUCUCAGCGCUCUAAGUGCCGUCCACCUAAGGGCAUGUAUUUAACCCAGGAAGAUGUGGUAGCUGUUUCUUGUAGUCCCAAUGCAGCCAACACCAUUCUGAGGCAACUGGACAUGGAGUUGAUCUCUCUGAAACGUCAGGUUCAGAAUGCUAAGCAAGUAAACAGUGCACUUAAACAGAAAAUGGAAGGUGGAAUUGAAGAAUUCAAACCUCCUGAGUCAAAUCAGAAAAUUAAUGCCCGUUGGACCACAGAGGAGCAGCUUCUAGCAGUGCAAGGCACAGACCCCACAGGCUCCUCGGACUCUGGGUCCAUCACCUCCUGCCCCAUCAUCCACUCCAACACCAACAGCCCCCAUUGCCACUCUGAACCAGCCUCCACCACUUCUUCGUCCAACACUGCCUGCUGCCCCUGCUCUUCAUCGGCAGCCUCCUCCACUCCAGCAGCAGGCUCGGUUCAUCCAGCCCCGGCCAACUCUAAAUCAGCCUCCACCACCUCUCAUUCGCCCUGCUAAUUCUAUGCCACCCCGUCUAAACCCAAGACCAGUGUUGUCCACGGUUGGUGGUCAACAGCCACCAUCACUUAUUGGAAUUCAGACAGAUUCACAGUCCUCACUGCACUAAAAAUUAAAUUGGACAGUGCUACAGUAACUUUUCACCCCAUCAUUAUACCAGUGCUCAUCUGACUGAUGCAAAAGAGGAAAGAAUAAUCCUUCCUAGAUGCUGAGGCUGCAAACUAGUUCUGAGGCAGUGGGCUGGCAUAAGUGAAUGUCUAAGAAAUUUUUCAGUUCAAUAAUAUGUUAUAAAACAAAAAGCCUCCAGAUAGCCUCCUUUCUAGAAUAUGUGUUCACCAAUGUGAUCUCAUAAAAGGAAAAGAAAAAAAGGAUUUAAGUAUUCUAUAUAUACCAAGGGUCUUUUUGUUUUGUUUUUACUGUAUUUAUUUUAUUGAGGUUCUUUAUAUUCCUGCCUCUUCAUAGUCAAGGCUCUUAGUACAAGAAUGUUGACUUAGUAAUUGUGAAAACUCCUUAAGUUUCUUAAGUUAAGGACGUUUGGCAUUUUUUUUCUUUUAUUUAAUUUUUUAAAAACAUUUUCCUAUGUUAGGAGUGUAAGAAUAAAUAGCCUGCAUUUCAGAUUUUGAUAUGUUCAUUUAAUUCAUAUUUAAGAAAUUAUAGCUGCAUGUCCCUUUUUUCAAAAUGUGUUGCUUUUUUUUCUAAAGGAAUUCUAAUUCCUUUAAAAGAAAGCAAUUUAAUCAAUUGCAAAGCAAUUAUAUGAAAUCACAAAGAAUGUACUGAAUCUACUAACCCUUUAACAUACAGUUUAGGGUCCUAGUGUAAAGUCCUUAUUUAAAGGUCAUUGACCCCCGUCAUCUAUCAGUAGUAAUAACUAAAUUGGAAUAAUAAUUUUACAUACAAAUGAGGACUUAAUUUAUUGGAAUAUAAUGUCUUUAAGUUCCUUGAAAAUGUAGUUCAUUUUGAAAAGAAUUCAUAUUUCUAAAUGCCAUUUGCUUUUAACUAGUUGUUGCCUACAAUUGAGGUCUUUAGAAGAGAAUUAUAUUUUGUCAGUUAUGUAGAGACAAUGGUUUUGGAAGCAUUUAUUUCCACUACCCUUUUUGUGUUUAGGUUAUUACCCACAUAUUUAUUAAUAGAGUUUGCAUUUAAUAUGAAGGGUGUUUUCUUGAUAAAUCUCUAUUGUACUAUUUGGAUACAAUUGUUUAUUCCUUGCAGCCAACCUAUUCAUGGGUUUGGUUUAGGGUUAAAUCAUCAACAUUUCAUAAAAUGAAUUUUUAGAAUUUGUUCUGCAUUAUCUAAAGAUGUAUUAGUAUAUAGUCACAAUUGUGCUGUUAACUAAAUACUGAGACCCCUUUUUAUAAAGAAAAAGACUUCAGGUCAUCUUAAUUCAAUACAUAAUCAUUAAGCACCCACAAAAAAUAUUUUACAAGUGAUAGUAUUUCAACAAUGUGUUACUAAUAUUUUUGAUAUAAUGAUUUCAUAUUGGAAUCAUGACUUGUGCAAAGGGACAGAUUUGCUAUAGUAGUGGAACAUAAGACUAAAUGUUUGCACAUUCACAUUCUCAUCACAUUUAGAACUACUUCACCAAAUAGUCAACUUCAAAAGUCUUAAUUUAUGUUUUGAGAGGUCAUGUAUUCCCAAAAUAUUGGAAAAAUAGUCCCUUCCAUUGGCUCUACAGCCUUAAAAGAGCUAUAGAUUUAAUUUCAUCGGUUCCUUUUUCUUUUCACAUUCAGACCAGUUUCUUCUUAAGCACCCUGUGUUCUGGAAUAACCAAAACAUUUUGCAGGAUAAGUCUUUCUUUCUCAUUGGAUCAUUGUUGAGGCCUGGAUAAUAACCAGAUGAAAUUUAACUGACUUUAAAUUCUUAAUAUUAUAGAAUUUAUACUUAUUUUUACUUUAAAAGCCAUGGGGGACAGUUAUAUAUCUUAAAAUAUCUAGAACAUUUUUAAAAAGCACUUAGAUUGUCUUGCAUAUGUGCAUACUAUACCUUGACAGCUUUUAUUGUCUUGUCUCUUGUCAGUAGACCUUCAGUACACAGUAUGUGGGAUAUGUCAGUCAAGUUGGUCAGCACCAGCAUCUGUCCAGCUGUUCGGUAUAUUGUGAUUCAUUUAAAAUCUGUUCUAUCCCAAACAUGGGCCAAGGUGCUGUAUCUGAGGGAUGUGCUGUAAUUUUAUUUACAUACAUUAGAGCGCACAGUAGAAAAUCUUAGCUUCAUUAGUAAUAUGACACAUGUAUAUAGUGAGAUGUCUUUAUUAUGUGCUUUGCAUAUUUUGUAAAUAUUUUGCACGUCAUUUUCCUUUUUUGUUUAAGCAGUGUUUGGCCUGGAAGAGUGAUAUGCUUGCUGCUUAAUCAAAGGAUUAAAGAUUUAAAGAUGUCUAUGUCUUCUAUUUUUAUAUAAUUUCAUGUUGUAUGAGGAUUAGGACCUCUUCACUGUGAAAUUCUAAAUAUUGAUUUUUAUAAAAAAGCAAAAUCUAGAAAUCUUUUAAUGACCAUUUUCAUUAAUUCUGGGGUUAUCAUUUUUUAAAAUCUACACCAAAGUGUUUUAUUACAUAACUAAAAAUAAAUCACAAUAUUGAUGCAUCUGGUAAAAUUAAUGAAAAAAUAUUUUCUCUAAAUGAUUUAAUUCCAGUGUAAUAUGGAUAGAGGUAAAGGUAAGUUAUAAUCAAAAUAUGUUCUUCAUCAGUGAACUUACAAAUAAGUGAGUAAAUGAGAAUAUAAAAUAAAGAUGAAAGAAU